GCCCUCGGCCACGCCCUCGACUUUCCACCAAGACGUCCCCCUUCAUCAGUUGGCUGGCAGCUGCGCGAUGGUAUUCGGGCGCUUGUAGAGCCACCAUGGACUUCAAAACGACCCAGGACCAGAUUACCAAGGCUCUCAUUGCAACGACACGCGCUGCCACGCGCAUCAACGGAGCCGACGUUCCCUUCCAGCGCUCGCUCAAUCCCGCUGCGGGCGAAGCACUCGACGGCCAAAAUGCGCGGCUUCUCCAGCUCGCGCGACGCCUUCUGGAAAAUGCUGCAGCGGGCUCGGACGCUGUAGGUCCCGUUCUACCCAACGUCGAGGCCCUCGACGAGGACGACAAGUGGAGGGGGUUUGUUGAUGUCAUCGACAGCUUGUUGGAGAAGGCCGACACUAGCCUGGACGAGUACUCUGGCGUGGUCAAGCGCAUGAGCCCCGGCGCCGAGCAGAACGCCGCUGCUACUGCUGCCGCUGCUAAGCCUCGCCCAAACAUCGCCGCUACGCCUAACAAGCACCUGCCAAAGCCGCAGCUCUUGUUCGAACAUGUGCCCAAGAACGACGAGACGGGCGGCUUCAGGCCUCUACUCACGUCGAAACCACACGCCAAGGUACCCAUGGAGCACUGCCUGCAGACGUUCAAGGACAGCCGCGGGCGCGAACAAUACCCACACCCCUACCAGACCGAGAUCGAAACCUACGAAUACCCCAACUCCAUGUAUCAGCGCAUUGGUCCAAAACCGUACAAGCCAUUCGAGACCACCACUGCGACCUUCGUCGAUACCCCAGAAGCGCUUGCGACCAUGUUGGCCGAGCUCAAGACUGCCAAGGAAAUUGCUGUCGACCUGGAACACCACGAUAACCGCUCGUACAUCGGUAUGGUCUCGCUCAUGCAGAUCAGCACACGCGAAAAGGACUGGAUCGUCGAUACACUCAAGCCCUGGAGGCGUCAGCUCGAGUGUUUAAAUCAGGUCUUCGCGGAUCCCAAUAUCAUCAAGGUGCUUCACGGUGCCUUCAUGGACAUUGUUUGGCUCCAACGAGACCUAGGAAUUUAUGUUGUUGGUCUGUUUGACACAUAUCAUGCAGCUCGCUCGCUAGGAUAUCCGGGAGGAAGCCUGGCAUAUCUCCUCGAACGUUUCAUCAAGUUCCAAGCACAAAAGCAGUAUCAAUUGGCCGACUGGCGAAUACGGCCGUUGACCAAGGAGCUGUUUGAGUAUGCGCGAGCAGAUACCCAUUUCCUUCUCUACAUAUUCGACAACAUGCGAAACGAGCUUGUCGAAAAGUCGGAUUUCUCGCACCCCGAAACCAACAAGGUGCUGGACGUCCUGGUGAAAUCCAAGGACACGGCAUUGCAACGCUAUGAACACCCGAUAUACGAUGGUGACCUCGGGCUCGGCUCUACGGGCUGGUAUAGGCUUGUUUCGAGGACACCUGUUCAAUUCACGCCGCAGCAGUUCGCGGUUUUCCGAGCUGUACACAAGUGGAGAGAUGAUGUAGCUCGGGAAGAGGACGACAGCCCCAUCUUCGUGAUGCCAAAUCACGCUCUGUUUUCUAUUGCACGAGAUAUGCCGCAGGAUAAGGCAGCGCUGUUUACCGUCGUGGUCCAUGUCUCGCCAACACUCCGAAUUCGUGCCGAAGAGCUGGUAGAGAUCAUUCAGGGCGCGAAGGCUGCUGGCAUGACCGGUCCUGAUCUCUACGUGACACUACAGAGGAUCGAAAACCUCAGGGAAGCAGACCGACAGGAACGAACGCAGACCCAACCGACUCCUGCACCACUCGCCGUUGCGCCUCCAGCCCCAGCAGCAGUCAUGAAAUCCGCUGCGCCCAUACAACUUGACACUUCAGCAUUGCGCACAAAUGCUUCACAGUUCUGGGGCCUCCUUACGAAGAAGGAUACCGCACCACCAAAGUCUGCGUCUCUGCCGAACAUUUCCUUUGCACUGCCUCUCCCGCCUCUCCACGCCGAUAUCUUUGCCGACAACAGUGGCGCGACCGACUCCCCCGCUCCAGUCCAAGAACCCCCCAAAUUCAUCGCACAAGAAGACCGCCCCGCCGAAGACCCCCGCACCGACAUCUUCGUCGUUAAGCAGCUCGGUGGCCGCAAGCGCAAAGCUACCGAAGCUCUCGCCGACGCUGCCACACCAUCCAAGUCAGACCCAAUGCUCGACGACGAGAUCAUGCUGUCAGAAGAUGACGAAACGAUUCGGAGCCGCGAAAAGGCUGAGCGUAAGGCAGCUCGGAAAGCAGCUAAGCGCGCUGCAAAGCAAGCCGCCCAGGAGUCCCUCAACGACAACGACGAGCUAGCCUUCGACUAUGCGAAUGCGCCGAGCGUGCUGCAUGCGAACACGCCGAGCACGGACAAGAAGAAAGACCGGAAAGGCAAGAAGGAGAAGAAGAAAGCGGCGAACUUCAACCCCUAUGCGAAGAUGGCAGAUGUGCCCAAGGGACUGCCGCCGAAGCAGAAGGAGAGCGCGGGACGGAGUAAGACAUUUGGAUCUUGAUGAUGGAGUUGUGACGUGGAGGACGAUAUUCUUGCGCCCCGAUGCUGUCUUUUCUGUACAUAGUUCGAUGAUACCUUGCUAGACCCUAUGACAUGCAUCACGCUUCGAUUCAAGCCUUAAAAGAGGCCCG